AAUGACGCUCUUCAAAGGUAAAAUAAUGGUUACAUGGGUGUGGUUCCAUUCUAUAGUUAUAUGUUUGCCGCAUCUCUUUGUCUCUAAACUCCGGUUUUCAACAUUCUAUGACUCGCCUAGGAAAGUUUGCGAGGAAGCUUGGAAUAGUAAAACUGAUGGUAGGAUAUUUUGGACUCUUUAUACGAUUCUUACUGUAUUUGGACCUCUACUGCUAACUGUCACUGCUUACAUAUUAAUUUGGAGAACAUUUCGUUUAUCUCAAAAGCGCAUCUGUGAAGGAAACAAUAAUGCUUCUCAAACAACAAAAAAUGAACUUCACCUCUUAAAAAUGAUGGCAUUAAUGUUAGUCUGUUACGUUAUAUUUUGGGCACCAUUUAUUGCAGCUCAGUUUAUAUUACAUUUCAAGUGUUCUCCUCCUCCACUAUAUUUGAUACUGACAGCCGCCUGGUUUGCAAGAUUAGAAAGUGUCUUAGAUCCGAUUCUAUACGGUUACCUUAACAAAGAUUUUCGGAACGGCUUAACGUCAUCUCUAAGAUCGUGUCCCUGUAGUUGUUUAAAUGGUGGUCAUGGUCAGCUUCCACCUGCUCAACAGAACCACUAUUCUUCAGAAUUCUCUGAGCCUUAUCAAGAUGUUGUUAUAGGCGUCAAAUAUUCAUCUUCAAAAACAAUUGUACAACGCCAGCUUGAUGUUAAGUACUCAAAGGCAAAAGGAAAUUCUAAAAUUCGAAAUACUUUAGGCGAUGACGCUCCAGAAUUACCUUUUAUGGGACCUCAAGUAACGGCGUGUGUAAGUGAAUCAGGUAUCAAAAUACGCCCAGUUCUUAGUGAACAACCUUUGUCUGUCAAGAAUCUUCCUCCAACGCACGCAAAUGAAGAAACUAACAAUGACACAAAAGGAGAUGCUCCUUCUUUUGCAUCUAUAUUUCCUCCUUUCAAAAAAGCCUUACCAAGACAACUACCAGCCUUAGAAAAAAGACAUGGAAAAAAGAAGAAGAAUGUUCUUAAAUUGCGAAGUCGAAGAAUACAUUCGAAUUAUAUGCCUAAUUCAGAUGAGAAAAAUUUAUAA